GUCUGGUUUGUGUUUCCAGGUGCUGGCAAAACCCCAACGCUGGGUGGAGGCUUCCACGUGAACCUCGGAAAGGAGUCGAGAGCACAGACCCUGCAGAACGGGCGGCGCCAGAUCCACCACCUGGGGAGCCAGCUGCAGCUGAACCAGCACUGCCUGGACACGGCCUUCAACUUCUUCAAGAUGGCUGUGAGCAAGCACCUGACCCGUGGCCGCAGGAUGGCCCAUGUCACUGCCGCCUGCCUCUACCUCGUGUGCCGCACGGAGAGCACGCCGCACAUGCUCCUCGACCUCAGCGACCUGCUCCAGGUGAAUGUGUACGUGCUGGGGAAGACCUUCCUCCUCCUGGCAAGAGAGCUCUGCAUCAACGCGCCAGCGAUAGACCCGUGCCUGUACAUCCCACGCUUUGCCCACCUGCUGGAGUUCGGUGAGAAGAACCACGAAGUGUCCAUGACAGCCCUGCGGCUGCUGCAGAGGAUGAAGAGGGACUGGAUGCACACGGGCCGGCGCCCCUCCGGCCUUUGCGGGGCAGCACUUCUGGUCGCAGCCAGGAUGCAUGACUUCCGGAGAACCGUCAAAGAGGUCAUCAGCGUGGUCAAGGUGUGCGAGUCCACGCUGAGGAAGAGGCUCACGGAAUUUGAAGACACCCCCACCAGUCAGCUGACAGUAGACGAGUUUAUGAAGAUUGACCUGGAGGAAGAGUGUGACCCCCCAUCGUACACGGCCGGCCAGCGGAAGCUGCGGAUGAAGCAGCUUGAACAAGUCCUGUCGAAAAAACUGGAGGAAGUUGAAGGGGAAAUAUCCACCUACCAGGACGAAAUCGAGACUGAACUAGAAAACAGCCGGCCCAAGGCCAAGGGGGCCCUGGCCAGCCUGGCGAGAAACGGCUCCGUCGAGGACGCCACGGCCGGCGUGUUUGGCGAGGAGGAUGCGGAGGACGAGGAGCUGGAGGCCGCCGCCAGCCACCUGAACAAGGACUUCUACCGGGAGCUGCUUGGCGGUGGCGUUCCCGGCAGCGCGGAGGCUGUGGGCAGCCCCAGCGGGAGUGGCAGGCCCCCCGCCCUGGAGUCCUUGCUCGGGCCCCUGCCCACAGCGGCGAGCCUGGGCAUCUCAGACUCCAUCCGAGAGUGCAUCUCCUCGCAGAGCCAGGAGUCCAAAGACGCUUCUGGGGAUGGCGAGCUGGACCUCAGUGGCAUCGAUGACCUGGAAAUUGACAGGUACAUCCUGAACGAGGCAGAAGCCCGUGUGAAGGCCGAGCUGUGGAUGCGGGAGAAUGCCGAGUACCUGCGGGAGCAGAGGGAGAAGGAAGCCCGGAUCGCCAAGGAGAAAGAGCUGGGCAUCUACAAGGAGCAGAAGCCCAAGAAGUCCUGCAAGCGCCGGGAGCCGAUCCAGGCCAGCACGGCCGGGGAGGCCAUCGAGAAGAUGCUGGAGCAGAAGCGGAUCUCCAGCAAGAUCAACUACAGCGUGCUGCGGGACCUGGACAGCAAGGGUGGCGGUGCGCACAGGCAGGACACGCGGCCCGAGGACAGGGCCGGCGCCAGGAAGCUGCCGCGGAGGAAAAAGCCGGCUGGCAGGAGUGGGGCCGACCCUGUGGCCAGUAUGGGGAAAAGGUUGAGGCCAAUGGUAUCCACACAGCCAGCUAAGAAGGCAGCCCUGGGAGAGGCCCUGCUCCCGAGCCCUGUCCCCCUGGGGUCUGAGCCGGUGAGGCCCUCAGCGGUCGUGGUGGAGAGCGGCCCUGUGUCCUACCACCCCGAGGAGGACCCCGACGAGGACCCCGACGAGGAGGACGGGGAGCCCUGCGUCAGUGCCCUGCAGAUGCUGGGUGGCAAUGAUUACGGCUGUGAUGGCGACGACGACGAUGGCUACUGAGGCGUGACCGCACCUGGCAGUGUCCGUGGUGGACCCGCUGGUGUCUGAGGGACCAGACAGGGUCUCUGGGCCCAAGGCCCACAGGCACGAGCACGAGACUCUUGUGACAAGAGGGCGCUGCCUGCCUGCCCCGCAGCUUGCGUCUCACAGCCACGUGUGGCGUCCGUGGCACUUGCGUGGGCACCAUGUUUUGAGCAAUGUACGGUGUGUGUCCAUCUCGGGUGCCUGGACUGGGGCCUGCACGUGACUCAGACGUGUGUCUCGUGGCCCAAGAACCCUCCGCAGACAUGGCUGUCAUGUCUCCUGUGAGGAAACUGAGGCCCAGGAGGCCCAAGUGCGUGGAGGGCUGGUGGGCUCCAGGACCCUGCUCUGCCCUGGUGGAGCCGGUGCCCUGCGCCCUCCGGGUCUCGCUGUCACCGAGAAGCACUGUGUCCAGCUCCCUCUGCUGGUCCCGAGCUGGUCCCGCACCUCCAGCUGCAGCCAGACCCAGCCUCCUUGCUGCUGCCAGGGCCCGGGGCCCACUCAGAGCUGCACGAGCCCAGGGGCCGGAGCCAGGAGAGUGGCGGGCACUCAUGUCUGGGCUGGCAUCUGGCUCAGCAUACCAGAGGGAGGGAAGGCAGGCAGGGCCCUGAGCUUGGCUGCCUGCUCUAGAGAGUUCCCACUGCCCUGAACUGCCCCAGGGCCAGGCCUUGGAAUAGGAAGGCCCAGAGACUACUGUCAAGUCUUAGCUCGGGCAUCACUGCUCUGGACAUCCCUCAGAGGCCAGGCCGUGGCCCACCCUACUGCCCCGGAGAGGAUGACCUCGGUGGCAGACCACACUGCCUGGCCCAGCACUCGCUCUCCUGGGGGGCUGGGCCCCUCCCACGAUGCAGCAGAGUCUGCAGGUCAGGACUCAGAGGCCAGUUGCUGCACCCCUCGGCCAACACCCUCGGCCUGGGAGGUGGGUGGAGGCUGGGUUCUGAGGACAGAAAGGUGUUACUCGAGCAGAAA